UUUCCUGAUUCCCAUGAUGGACUUGACUGUGUCUUCCCUGCUGUCCAUGGUGGUUUACACCUGUUGUACCUGGGCCAUACCUGCUCAGAGUACCUCAGUGAGCUCCAAAAGGUUCCCUAAAAGUUAUUCAGAUGAUCACAUUAUACGCAGUGAGAUGACAGCGAUGGAUCAAAUCAUAGAGGCCAAUGAGUUCCAAGCUGCCCAGGUUCCAGACGGCACUAGUUUCAGGGAUGGAGAUAUCGCUGUGACUACCGGGAGGCGCUCCAAGGUCUGUUUCGCACGCAGUUGUCUGUGGUCCAAGUCGGUGGACGGACAUGUCUACAUCGCAUACAGGCUGUCAUUGGACUACAGUGAUUUGGAUCAGAGGAUAAUAAAGUCUGGUAUGGAGAACAUGGAGAGAGGUACCUGUGUGCGUUUUGUUCCCUGGACACACCAGAGGGACUACCUGGAUAUUCAGCCUAAGUCAGGGUGUUGGUCGUACCUAGGGCAGCGUGGUGGCAGACAGACUUUAUCUCUACAGUCUCCUGACUGUAUGUUGUCUGGCGUGGCCUCCCACGAACUCAUGCACGCCCUGGGCUUCGUGCACGAACAUUCCCGCAUCGACCGCGACAACUAUGUCACUGUCCUGUGGGAGAACAUCUGGAAGGAUCGCGUACGGAACUUUGAGAAGUUCAAAACCAACUCUCUGGGCGUUCCCUAUGACUACGACUCCAUCAUGCACUUUGGGAUGUAUUCGUAUUCAGAAGGUGGAGAUCCUACCAUCAAACCUAAGAGGAAGAACCACAACACCCUUCUGGGACAGAGAACCGGUCUCAGUCAACUGGACAAAAUGAAGAUUAACAAACUCUACAAAUGUGAAACCCUGGACGAUUAGAAAAAUCAAACAGAGAAACAUCGUCCACUGAAUCUCUGGUGUCAGAUAAUGGCAGCAUUUAAAUAAAGAUUCGAUUGACAACUCAGUUGCUCUUCUGUAUUUCUGCGUAAACAUGUUGUUGCAUCACACUGAGAAAUGACUGUUUACCUGUUUGAAAUAUGUCUGUUCUGGGACAACGAACACCUUUGGGGUGGCUCAUCUCGGAAAGUGCUGAAUGUCCUGUGUAAAAGUAUAGGGUGAAGCUGGAGGAUGCUGUUUAGGGGGCAUCAACGGAUUAGAUGUUAAUGUCAUAGGACGCCACGAGGGACAACGCUCUGGGCUGUGA